UGUGUGUGGUCUAAUAAGAGAUGAAGCUGUGCAAAGUAAAUGAGGUGUUUAGUGUACCUGUGGAAAGGGUGCUUUCAAUGGAAACGACCAGACCAGUAGUACUGUAUUAUAUGACACUAAGUAGGCGCGGACGGUUUUGUAGAAGGAGAGAUACGCUAGAAGACUUGUGAUUUGUUAUUUAUGUGGUUUAAAUAUAAGCUACCCUUAAUGAAGGGCUACUUUAAUGGAACCAAGAAAAACUCUUAUCAUGGAAAUUUUAACAUACGUGAGUCUCUCGGUCCUAUUUGUGUUCACGACGUUUAUUUGUGAAAAUGAAGGAACAAAAUUAUAUUCUGGUGCAAAUACUUCGGAGCCACUGACUACAACACAUCGAUCAGGGAAUUUUUCUCCUGCAGUAUUCAAAGGAAAGGGAGAAACUGAUGGAAAAACAUUCGUUUCCUUAGGUAGUAUGUCAUCAAAUAUGAUAGACUUGUUCCCUCCAGUAGAAUCACUAAUGUCGCAUGCAAAUGGCAAAUCACAGUACUGCCGACGGCCAGCGAAAUGUCAAAAAUUAAACUACACCAGCUGCAUGGGAAUGAAGCUCCCAUAUGAGUGGACGACAUUGGAACUUGUUCCAGAUGUAGACUCACAGGAUUCUGUUCAGGAAAGGCUUCAGGUGUGGCAAAAGUUAAGACGUCUGCCCAAGUGCUGGUCUGUGAUCCAACCAUUUCUGUGUGCACUUUAUAUGCCAAAAUGUGAGAAUGAAAUGGUGGACCUGCCAUCACAGGAAAUGUGCAAAGUUACAGUAAGCCCCUGCCGAAUUCUAGAUGUGGAAGGUAUCUGGCCAUCAUUUUUGAAAUGUGAUAAUAUGACCAAAUUUCCACCUAUGUGCAAGAAUGAUGUGCGAGAACUGAAAUUUAAUGUCACCGGACAUUGUCAAGAACCUUUGGUACCAACUGAAAAUUCAAAAGCAUUCUAUGAUGGUACUGACGGAUGUGGAAUACAGUGUGAGGAUCCUCUUUUCACAACAGAUGAACAACAACAGAUACAUAACCUGAUUGGCUGGGCUGGCAGCUGUUGCUUAUUUUUGAAUGUAUUCACAGUGGUAACAUUUUUAAUAGAUUGGCGUUCUGCAAACAAGUAUCCUGCUCUAAUAAUAUUUUACAUCAACUGUUGCUUUCUGGUAUCCUGUACUGGAUGGCUUGCACAAUUCACUCCAGGCGCACGCAAGGAUAUUGUAUGCCGUAAAGAUGGGACACUUAGAAUGUCUGAGCCGAGUGCUGGAGAAAACCUGUCAUGUGUAAUAAUCUUUGUGGUGGUUUAUUAUUUCUUAAUGGCAGCUGUGGUGUGGUUCGUCAUUCUUACAUAUGCGUGGCACUUAAGUUUCCAAGCAUUAGGUAAAGUCAAGGAAAAAAUUGAUAAGAAAGGAUCUUAUUUUCAUUUGGUUGCCUGGUCUCUACCAUUAAUUUUAACCAUCACAACAAUGGCUCUUGGUGAAAUUGAUGGUAAUAGUGUCGCUGGAAUAUGCUUUGUUGGUUACUUGAACCAUACUGCAAGAUAUGGUUUGCUUCUUGCUCCACUUUCGGUAGCUGUGGUGGUUGGAGGUUACUUCUUGAGUAGAGGUUUGGUAACUCUCAUAAGGCUGAAAAUUGGGAGCCAUGAUAUAAUUUCUCCAACAGCAAGUGCAAAAAUCAGGGAAACCAUUGUUCGAAUGGGACUUUUUUCCCUCUUCCUUCUUGUACUGGUAUUAGUUACAUUCACCUGCCAUGUCUAUGAAUACAGAAAUCAGGCUAAGUGGAAUUAUAGUUUCAGAAAGUAUAUUGUCUGCAAGAUUAUUGGUGGUGAUUCUGUCAAUAAUGGAAACAAGGACAAGUGUCGAAUGGAGUCCCGUCCGAGCUUAGCAAUAAUGCAACUUCAUGUACUUACUGUGUUUGCUGCUGGAAUAGUAAUGUCAUCGUGGAUCUGGACAGGGUCUACAAUACAUACGUGGAAGAGAUUUCUAAGAAGAGUGCUUAAUAAUGGUUAUGAGGAGCCAGUAAGACUGAAAAAGCAUAAAGUCAUUGCACAAGCCUUUGCAAAACGAAAAGCUCUCAAUAAUGAUGGGCGGCUGUCAUUAAGCUUUCAUAGCACACAUGAAGAUCCAGUGGGCUUGAACUUCGAUGUGAAUAGCAUGGCAUCCCAGGACUUAAGUUCAACGUGGGCUGCUGCUCUUCCCAAACUGAUGACACGACGUGGUGCCUUGAUUGGUGCAACAACUGGAUCCAUGUCAAGUCAGAGAAGAAACUCUUUUGAUUCUGAAAUUAGUUAUAGCGUCCGAAAGGUGUCAGUAGAGUCACGUCGCCAUUCGUUGGAUUCUCAAGUUUCGGUUCAAAUAGCAGAAGUAACAGCAACUCGGAAAACAAGAGCAACACCACUUCCUACAGUUAAUGUAACAAGAGGACGAACACAUCGCAGUAAGCGACGAAGGAGAGACUUUACUCGAUGCAGAGUUGGAACAAGAAUGGGGCCCCUUGUGGUUAGGAAAGGCAGUUCCUCAUCUCAGGAGAGUCAGCUUGGUGCUCAGAUUUUAACUGCUCUAACAAUUGGGAAUUCUGAUAUAUCAUCAAUGGUCCCCAACCUUAUGAAGCGAAGAGAGGCGAGUGCAGGCCUUGAUGGUUUAAAGCUAAUGCUGCCCUUACCUUCUGCUUUACUAGGGCAGAGCAGUUGUGGAUCUGAAGAAGAUUUAAGCGACUGUAAAAAGUGUGAUGAAAUAGAAUGUGAGGUGCUAGGUGGCGUUCAAAGUGACAAAAAUGAAGCAGUUAAGGACACCAUUGUGGACACCACAGAUGAAACGGAGAAUAAGAAAGACUACAAGUUUAAAGAAAAUGAAGAUGAAGUGCAAGAUAAAAAAGCUUGUUCUUGUGGGUCAGGCAUUGUGAAUAAAGAUAUUGAGUUGUCUACAAAUAAGGAUACUAGUGUUAUAGCAGUUGCCAAUCAAAGCAGUUUCUGUGAUCUCCCCACCACAAUGAGGACAAAAGGUGCUGUUACAAGCUCAUCAUACAAUAAAAAUCAGCUUUACAUGAGUACUAACAUUCCAGAUGAUAUAAAAUUAAGUGAGAUUUCAGAUGACGAUGCAAACUUUUUAGGAGCAUCAUAUGAUGACACAACAUCGUACUGUCCUGAGUUACAGCAGUUGGCCGGAUCACUUUCUGAUGCAUCUGUGUUCACACACCACACACUGGGUGGUAGUAGGGUAAGGACUGUUGGUGUUGGCCCCUGUACUGUGGGCGCUAAUACUAGGAUACAUGUGAGAAGUCGUGAAGUUGGUACUCAAACAACACCUUCUGAAGAUAUUGGUAUGUGUGAAUUGAACAGCCGUGGUAGUACUUACAGCAGUGGCUCUGGUGUAAAUCAAGGCACUCAGGUAAGCUUUGGUCCACAACGUGAGAAUAGUGUGAAGCCCUACAAGGGCAGUGAAAAACUGGAGAGUCUUACUGGUCUUGCAGCUAAGGGAUUAAACUACAGCUACAACAUGAGCAAACUUGUUGAGGAACUUGCUGAAAUUGCUGCUGGGCAUCCGUUACAAUUAGACCAUAGAAAAACGUGUUGAGUGCAACAUGUUACAUAUUAGGAUGACAUAAAAAUGUUCUGAACAUAUUUCUGACGUAAAUGGUCAGAAACCUUUUGUAGCAGAAGUUUUAUUCUGCUGCUUACUGCUGUUGAUGGGGCUUCCUUUCACUGCCAAUGCAAAUAGCAUAUUAUUUUGAUACUAUACUUUUUCCUUGUGCCAUAAUCACACUUUUCAUAUUGAUUUGACUUCUUCUGUAGAAGAAAAUGAAAACACUUUUAUAAAUUUGACAGGCAUUGUGCUUCAGAAAUAUUUUAAAGACGGAUAUAUUUUUCUGUUGUUCUGAAAAUUAAUUUGUACAUAGUUUUUUGUACAGCUCUA